AUGAAAUGGUAUAUACAAGGGUUGGUGUUUGGAUACCUCAGUGUCCCCCAAAGAACUGGGAGACUAGGUCGUGGUCUGGAGAUGGUAGACGGCCAUCAGGAGCACUCCACUCACUUGUCUGUCACUCGAUCGAGCUUGCUCUCCUCUUCCUCUUCUUCAAAUGUGUGUGGCUCCCUUGGCCUUGGUGGAGCAUUGCAGCUCGUACUGUCCAUAGGGGUUCCAUCUACUCCGGGGAGGCUCCUGGUAAGGCUGGGAUCGUAUUCAAAUCCCGGAUCCUCGAACUGGGGCUCCUCCAGGUCAGCUCGACCUCAGCUCGAUCGAGUUGAGUUUCCUCUGUUUGGACUCGAUCGAGUCCGGUGGUCGAGCUGGAGCGUCUGGCCUUGGAAGUCUUCCUCCUUCUCUGCGUGUUGUCUUCUCCUUCCCUUGGCUCGAAAGAAGAGGCUCUGUGAGGCUCUUGGGCAGGGAGCCUCCUUGGAGUGGUGA